UGGUGACGCACUAGCGCGUGGCGCGCACAGAUGUGGUCUGUGUGCCACCUCUUUUAAGUGUAGGGGAUAACGUUUAGGGCGGGUGCGCCUCCUCUGUGAUCGUGGCUGAGGUUCUGGACAGACCUGGUGGUUGGAGGUGUCUGGAGACUGUUUCGGGGCGCGCGCGCAAACAGAGCGCAAAGAUUCAUUGACGGACUUUACGCGGGCUCACACCUCACCUGCGAGAAGGGAUCUACUUCUACAUCAUCCUCUCCCCCGUCUCUCCCAUUCUCCCUGUGUCUCACACUGUGGGAGCAGUGCGUAGCGCGCUUUUCUUUGGGAUGGAGCGCGCCUGGGACUGUGCGUCCUCUUUUGGGAUGUUCACUGUCGGGGUCCUGGCGGUUCUGUGGUCGCUACUAACCGGCGUUUGGAGUUUUAAUCUUUACGCAGAACAUCCUGCUGUUUACCGGGGACCUGAUGGAAGUUAUUUUGGUUAUUCCUUGGAUUUCUACCAAGCAACUCCUAACAACAACACGCUCAGUGUGUUGGUGGGGGCUCCAAAGGCGAACACCUCCCAGCCGGGCAUUGUGGAGGCUGGUGCUGUCUAUUACUGCCCCUGGCCUGGACAAGCAGACAGCUGCAGACAGAUACCUUUUGACAAUUCCAAUAACAGAAUGCUGAAGGUAAACGGCACCAGAGAGCCUCUGGAGUUUAAGUCUCACCAGUGGUUUGGCGCUUCGGUCAGGACUCACAAAGGAAAAGUGGUGGCAUGUGCUCCUCUGUACCACUGGCGGACAGUGAAAGUGAGUGGGGAGAAGGAUCCAGUGGGGACCUGCUAUGUAGCCGUCCAGAACUUCAGUGCUUACGCAGAGUACUCACCCUGCAGGACUAACAAUCCAGAUCCAGAGGGACAGGGUUUCUGCCAGGCUGGCUUCAGUGUAGAUUUCACCAAGGAUGGAAUGCUGGUCGUAGGUGGACCUGGAAGCUUCUACUGGCAAGGUCAGGUGAUGACAACAGGCAUUGCAGAGAUACUGAAUGGCUACUCUUUGAAGGCAGUGCUGAGACGGAUUCCAGGAGAGAAACACACCAGUGCUGCUGAAGACACACACGAUGACAGCUACCUUGGUUACUCUGUGACAGUGGGAGAGUUUACAGGCGACUCAGAACAAGAACUGAUCGCUGGAGUCCCAAGAGGAGCACAAAACUUUGGAUAUGUCGUGAUGAUCAACUCCACCAAUCUGACCUUCAUCCAGAACUUCACAGGAGAGCAGAUGGCUUCCUAUUUUGGCUACUCAGUGGCGGUCACUGACCUGAACGGCGACGGGAUGGAUGAUGUGCUGGUUGGAGCUCCACUCUACAUGGAGAGAGAGAUGGAGAGCAAACCCAGAGAGGUGGGAAGAGUGUACCUGUACAUCCAGACCGCCCCGCUCACCUUCUCCACACCUGUACCCCUCACCGGAACACACACAUUUGGACGAUUUGGCACGGCCAUUGCACCGCUUGGAGAUGUCAACCAGGAUGGAUACAAUGACGUGGCAAUUGGCUGUCCAUUUGGAGGAGAAGACCGUUUCGGCAGAGUGUUGAUCUACAACGGGAACAAACAUGUGACUACAUACGGCCUGAUGUUAAGCCAAGAGCUGAGAGCAACAUGGACCCCAAGAGGCAUUUUGCCUGGAUACGGAUUUACUCUUAGAGGAGGCCAGGACCUAGACAGCAACCAGUACCCUGAUCUGAUAGUGGGGGCGUUUGGUGUGAGUGAAGUGUCCGUGUACAGGGCCCGAGCUGUUGUGUCUGUAGAUGCUGAAAUGAUCCUGACUCCCCAAAUCCUGAAUCCUGACGACCGGCAGUGUCUCCUGCCUUACACAAACACAAUGGUCACCUGUCUGAAGGUGGAUGUGUGUGCGAUGGUGAGCGGUGUCGGCAUCCCCAGCUCUGUAGACCUGACAGCAGAGCUGCAGCUCGAUUGGCUCAAAGGCACCAGGGGUGGAGUCAGGCGAGUUCUCUUCCUCCAUACCCAACAGCCUCAUGACACAGGAGGUCUCACACUUGGGCAUGAGCAUCCACGUGCAUGCCUGAACUAUAGCAUUUACCUACGAGAAGAGGAUGAGUUUAGGGAUAAAUUAACCCCAAUCUCACUGGCUCUCAACUACAGCUUGGCCCCUCCCCAGCAAGGAGAAUACCUCCCACCUGUUCUUAACUAUUACAGCAGCACCUUCCUCCAAGAACAAGCCUACAUUCUGGUGGACUGUGGCGAAGACAAUGUGUGUGUCCCCGACCUCCAGCUUUCUGCCAGCAUGGAUCACUCAGAGCUGGUGAUCGGAAACAAUAAUCUCCUCUUGUUGACCAUCAGUGCAGUGAACCAUGGAGAGGGAGCGUAUGAGACGGAGCUCCACGCGCUGAUACCAGCAGAGGCUGAUUAUAUCGGAGUUGAACGCAGGAUGGAGUCUUUGUCUCAGUUAAACUGUGAGUACACCAUGAUUAACGAGUCCAGGAUGGUGGUGUGUGACCUGGGAAACCCGAUGGUAGCCGGAGCAGAGUUGUCCGUUGGUCUGAGGUUUUCAGUCCAAAGGCUGGAAGAUGCUGGACCAAAGAUCAGCUUUCAGCUCCAGAUCCACAGUUCCAACAAAGACAACUCCAACAGCAACUCGGUCAGCUUGAAUCUGUCCAUUGUUGCCAAAGCUCAACUCGAGUUACGUGGGGUGUCUCACCCAUCUCAGGUGGUCCUGCCAUUCCCAAACUGGGAACCCAAAGAGAAGCCUGUCAAAGAGGAUGACGUGGGGCCACAAGUAACACACGUUUAUGAGCUGCAUAACUCCGGCCCCAGCAGUAUUCUGGAAGCUGUACUCCAGGUAGGCUGGCCUUCUCGUUUCCAUGAUGAGAACCUGCUGUAUGCCAUGGAGAUUCAAACUGAUGGGCCAAUCCGCUGCAAAACAGACACCAGCCUCAAUCCACUUGGGCUUCAGACGUCUUCCCUCCCGGAUACACCGGAGCUGUUGGGUUUCUUAACAAAUGGCACUUCUCUUCCUUUCCGCCACAAACGAGCCGUCAUCGCCACACAGAAUUAUCGCGGUAAAACCCUGAAUUGCACAAAUAUCUCCUGUCUCCAGAUCACGUGUGUGGUCGGAUGGUUAGAUCGUGGACAGAGUGCCGUGAUCAAGAUCCGCUCCAGACUGUGGGCUCAUACUUUUCUGCAGCGCCGUAACGACCCCUACAUUCUCAAUUCUACUGUGUCGGUCGUGGUCACAGCUGUGCCUUACCGCAUCCAGCCCCCGGCCCUGCCCCAAUGUUUAACCUCGAUGGGGACGCUGGUCUUGUGGGGUACUCCUGAUGUGGCGUUUGCUGUUCCACUGUGGGUUAUCAUCCUGGCCAUACUGCUGGGGCUGCUGGUGCUGGCCAUGCUAACGAUGGCGAUGUGGAAAUGCGGCUUCUUUGACCGGGCACGGCCGCCGGCUGAUGACGACAUCUCCGACCAGGAGCAGUUGACAUCUGAUCAGUCUGCAGACGCUUAAAGACAACACAAGACAGGUCCUGACUGGAGGAGAGGGAUGCUCACCUUCUGACAUAAAUCAGAUCUGGGAUCUGUAGCCGGACGCAAUAUUGUUUUGCUGGAAGUCUUCUGCCUGAAAGGAACUGAGAGUAGAGACUGAAGGCCGCAGCGCCCCACACACACAGUGGCACCAAAGAACGAGGUUUAAACCACAGAGUGCGACCAAAACACUCCCAACAGACUCAGUCGCUCACAUCCAUCCGCCUUCUUUAUCUUUCUGGGAUAUUGUGACGAAGGGCCGGAAAUGUAGACAGAAGAAUCUUUGUUUGCAAAGACAGUGCUUUAACUGUUUGUCAAACAGCUGAACGUUCUUACGCACCCGUCUGUAAGCGAGACACAGAAAAACUUGAGAUUUAUGCACGAGCGCUUGUUUGUGUGCGUGCGUGCAGGUAUUGUGAGUGUAUGUUUAUUAUGUGUGCUUCUUCUAUUUAAUGAACACAUUUUCCCUGUCAGACUGAAGUCAUUCCAGUUUGAAGUCAAACUGGAUUGUAUAAAUAGAUUUCCAUUAUAACACAGAUGACAGCUACACACUUCAACACAAAGGCACAGUUAACAUGUUCGUGUUAAUGUAUAUAUUUAUAAAUGUAUGUGCAAUAUUUGGGUGUUGAUACUAAAGCUUUUUUACACUGGCAUUAUUUUAUUCGGGGUUGUACAUAUAAAUAAGUUGGUAUAUUAGUUUUGAACAUUGCUGAAACUCCCAAACAUAACUGCAAUAAAUGUAAGUGAGAAGAGCACAAAUAAAUUACUUUUUUUUUUUAUUAUUUUGAGUUAAUAAUGCUUUGGUGGCCACCAUACCAAGGCUUUAGAAAUUUACUGGUUAACAACUUCAUUUUCAAGCUACAGUGUGUAAGAUUUAGUGCCAUCUGGAGGUGAGGUUGUAGAUUGCAUUAUGCUUUUUUAUGUUUUUUGCUUUUUUUGUUGAUCUGGAUUCAUGCUCCCUUUCCUCCUCCUGCAAUAAGCCCAUUUCUCAAAAAAUGAUGCUUCUUAGACUUGUUAGCCUGCACUAGCAACCAGUAGACUGUGCAUAAGGAAGAAACUACUGAUUUUCUUUUCUUCAGUCUUCCUGCUGUGCAGCAAAAUGCAAAAGAUGGAGUAAGUACGCAAUAAAUUUUGCAGAGUAAAAUAUACUCUGCCAGGACUAUAUUUGGUCCCAGUCCAAAUAGAGUCUACCACAGUGCUAAAUCAAUUCUAUAACAGUGUAAAAUCAACUCUAUCACACUGUGAAUGACUCUUAUUGGAGCUGGCAAACACAGACGGUAAAGCUAAUUUCACUCUAUAAUAGAGUGUAUUUAACUGUAUUUUAUCCUGGCAGAGUAUAUUUAACUCUGCAAAAUGUACUGUGUACAUUCUCUUUGGGCUACUGUAUUAACAUGGCGGUGCAACAUGGCGUCCUCCAUGAAGUGGCCCACUCCUCUGUAGAUAUAAAGAGUUCAUUGAAGAGCUUAUGGAAACGCAUCGAUUCAUGGUUUCAGGCAGUGUUAUAUUAAUGAAUGAUGGUUAUGAAUGCUAUAUUCCAUUUCCGCUAACAACUUUAAAUCCUACACACUGUAGCUUUAAACUAUGUGUCAGUUCAACACUGCACAUAUGUUGAGAGAGCUAGAGAAAGAAGGAACACUCAUCUGCUUCAUGUACAUUCAUACAAAAUCCUUUCUGCUGGGUUGUGUGGACUUUUGACUGUACGUUGAUUAUUAAAGUGGAACUGCUGUGAAGCAAUCAGAAAUUAACGGUUUAUUUCUCUGAU